AUGUCUUCCAUAAAAGAAAAACACAAAACCGCAUGGCGUUUCGGGGAUCGUGCUAACGAGCAUGCUUCCACGCCCCCAGUCCCGCCUAUCCCGUCAACUGAAAAGGUGCAGGGACAUGAACAGCUUCAACUUCCCUCCCAUUCAGGCAUAAAACCGAAAACACAAGGCGUUCUAUCCCCAACAUCGCAAAGUACUAGCAAGCCGUUUCGAGAUCUGCCUACUAGCGCCGUCACAGGACCCAUUGUUCCGGCAGAACAGAGUUAUCUCCAACCCAAUCUACAGCAUGAGGCUCCAUGGAAAACUUUUGAGAAGGUAUAUGAGUGCGAUCUCGCCGGGACCGUGGUGGUGGCUGUCCGACGAGCUCAGCCUGUGCAUGUCCAUGCCAUUCGUGCUUUUGCCAGCCGGGAUGCCGAUGAAUUGUACUACAAAUUUCGACAUCUGCAACACGAGAAUGUGAUGCGUGCGAUGCAUUGUUUCACUACCAAAGACGCAUUUUAUGCCGAGUUUGAACAUUUCCCGCUGUCUUUGGAACAAGUCAUUGCUUGUAAAUACUUUCCAGAUGAGCAACAGCUUGCAAUGAUACUUCGACAGGUUUGUUUCUUCUUGUUUCACCUGGAGACCAUUGCUGAUAACUCCAAGGUUAUCGAUGGCCUACUGUUUCUCUGCGGGCAUGAUAUGAAGCAUACAUCCUUAAAUCGAUUUAAUAUUCUGAUGAAUUUGGAUGGUAGAGUUCAAAUCGGUAUUUUCCCCCAAUUUCAUCGUUGGAAGGCUUUGCUGAGAAACUUUGCAGGCGGCUUGGAGCAUUGUCGAUCACGUCUUCCAGGAGACAACCCGAGAGACGACGCCCUCGCAGUGGGUACAAUCGGCAUGCAGCUGAUGGAAAAGGGGGCCCAAAAUGGUAUUAUCAGUGAUCUUAGUAACUUUCGACGCUGGCCGCACACGUCGGUGGCUGUACAAUUUAUCUUAAUGGCUUCCUCGGUGGACUCACUGGAGGGACUUCGAAGGGCCAGUAACACUCCACCCUUAAAGUAG